CUCUCUGCCGCGAUAUUCCUCCCCCCCUCCCCGCCCUGCUCCUGUUGAGAUUUCACUCCCUGCACCUAACAGAGUAUACUUCAUGCUCCAUUGUAUUAUUCUUACAUCCAGUGUAUCAUAAAUAUCUGACUUGUCAAAAGUCAGUACAAAUUACAUACAAUUGUUUUUUUGCUUGCGUAGUGACAGCUGGUAAUAGUUGAGUAUGACAGACGCAAAAGGUUUAAAGGAAGCCAUCAAGCAGUACAAAACCCAGUUAUCACAAGUAAACAUAACACUGUCUACUAUGCCCAAAGGUCUUGACAGAGACAAUUUGCUUAAUUUGAAAUCUGAUAUCGAAGAACUAAUUUUCUUGACGAAAGAAAGUUUGCAAAAUCUUGAAAGAAAUGUAGAAUAUAAUAUUGAGGACAGUGAUGAUCCUGAUGAUUUUUUGGAUAAAGAAUGUGUCUUGUUAAAGACAAAACAGAAAAAGUCUUCAGAUGAUGAAGAUAAACAAGACAAUAUAACUGUUUCUGCUUCUGAUAGCAUCAAAGAUGAAUUAAAGGAGUUAGAAGGUAUGAAAUGUAAAGCUCCUUAUGAUAAUGUUUGGGGUAUUGGUUAUCACAAUGCUAUGAUAUGUUCUAUUUAUAGAAAAAAUGAAAUUACUAAAGAUAUCCAUGAUAUUAAGGUUCGAGUUUUUUAUCUUAAUCCAACACAUAAAGAAAUGAUCCCAUGUUCGUAUUUUCUUGAUGGUAAUUGCAAGUUUUCCGAUGAAAUCUGCCAUUAUUCUCAUGGUGAAAUUGUGCCAUUUUUAAGCUUACAGGAGUACAAGUAUUUUUCUUUUAAUUAUAUAUAUAUAUAUACGUGUGUGUGUGUGUGUGUGUGUGUGAUGUCUACACUGCCAAACAUGAAUACUUCUACAAAUCUCAAGAAACGCAGCAUUCACUGUCAACCAGAUAUUCAUGUGAUGGGUUGUAUCGAACGAACGCAAGGAGAUGGUAUGGAAAAUGCGACAACAGAUAAGAUUGAAAUUAAGCAAAAUCGAAGUCGUUUGGGGAACACUCUUAUUUAUCAUCCUACAAAUCUGAAACAAUUAGGAUCAACAGCUCCAGUCAUUCCGAUUGGUACAAUAGUAAAUCUGGUACCAAAAAAUAUUAAUAAUGUAAAGCAAGAGAAGUGCAUCUUGCAUUCUUUAAAAUCCAAAGAGCCAAAAUUUGUACCAUAUGAGCCCUAUAAAGCAGCUGUUAAUCCAAUAGUACCGUUUGAAAAAAAGAACAAAAAAUUGCCUAGGACUGAAUCUAACAUGAAUGCUAUGGUUGCACAAGUUGUUGCAAUGAAAGUUCAAGAUGAUGCAAGAUUGAAGGAUCAUAUGAAAGAAAACAAAAAGAAAAUAUUGGUAGAUGAAUGGAACAUCGAAAAAAGGAUGUAUGAGGCUGAGAUUCGUAAACUGAAAGAAGAGAACAAUCAACUUGAAACUCAAUUAAAAUUUCAAGCACAAGUCAAUGGAGAAUUAAAGAAUUUGUUAGUAGCUGCAGUAGGAGAAGAUCUAGAAACAAAAGUUCAUUUGUUAACAGAGGACAAAUUGCAACUUGCAAGAGCUCUUUUGAAUUCAGCCCAAAAUUUAUCUACCCAUCAAGAGCAAACUGAAUGGCUAGCAGGCCAAUGUGAAGUUUGGAGAAGUAAAUUUCUAGCUAGUAGCUUAAUGGUGGAAGAUUUGGCAAGGUGGAAAGCUGCACUUUGCCAAAGAACAACAGAACUACAAGAAGCUGUGAAACGAUUAUUAGAAGAACACAAUAUUAUUCGCAAUACGUCACUCAAAACAUACAGAAUGCUUACAAUCCUACUUGAAAAAUUUGAUCCCAUGGGAACUACCGGCAAGAAACACGAAUUAGCUAGCAUUAAUAUUGUCGAUCUCGCACAGGGAUGUUGUCAACUUGCAGAAAUUCUGAAAGUUAGUCUCCUAAAUGGUAUUCCAGACUCAGAAUUGCAGAAAGAGCUGAAUAUAACUGGUUUGGACAUGAAAACGCUUACUGAGAAUAAUGCAGAAAAAUUAUUGAUGAAUCACAAAUUACCUAUGACCGAGAGAGAAGACAUUGCUUGUACCGCAGUAAUGGGAGCAGCAGUUGCAGUUGGUGGACAAAUGUUCCUUCCGCGAUGCAACACAAAUAAUAUGGCCUGUUGUCCACAUUGCAGCGAUAUAGAAUACUGA